CGAAUAAAUUCAAACUAAAAUUAAUCCUAGUUAAUAGGAUAAUUAAACAAAAAAAAAAAUAUAUAAAAUAUUUUUAAAAUGAUAGUAUAGUGGUAAAUGAUAACUUAUUCUUAAAUCACGAUUCAUGUAUAAAAAAUAAUCAAUCGUAUGUGGAAAUGUUUAGACGACGAUUUUUGUAAAAUUCAAAAUUGCGAUUUCGAUUUCAUAUAUAAUCGAUCGAUCAGUGAAUUUUUUCGAAUGAAGGAAAUUAAUGAAAUCGAUCAUUUACAAUAUCAAUAUAGCAUUUAAUAUGGAAAGCUAUAAACUCAAUUGGAUUUAAAUACUGUAUUAUACGAAUCAGACGCAUAUCGCACGUGAAUCACAAUAUUCUAGGAAAUGAGUAAUACUGAUAACGCUUCGUGUUUUGUUCCUGAUUUCAAGUCAUAUUUUGAUGAAGAUAAUACAUUGAUGCGAAAUUUUUCGGGAAUGAAUUUACCCGAGAAGAUUUUAUUUGUAAUUGAUACGGCCAGAGAGAAAAAUUGUACUCCCUUUAAACUUUCUACAGGAGCUAGUUAUACUCCUUUAUUUAUGAUAAAACGAACUAUAGAAAAUUUUAUUUAUAUUAAAUCUAUCAUUCAACAUAGUCAUGAAUAUGCAUUAAUGAUUUUGAACUCUCAUAGCUCUAGGUGGAUAUGUGAUUUUACCAGUAAUACCAAUAGUAUUGUUAAUCACUUAAAUCUUAUUAAUGAUGAUUUUCUAGAGGAAGAUCAAAAGUCAUAUGACCUUGGACAAUUAUUCGAUGAAAUACAACAAAAAUUACUUCUAUUAACAAAGAAACAUGAGACUACUGUUCCAACAUUUGUUAUCAGAGUAAUUUUAGUGUAUUCACGUUCCAACAGUAUCCCAAAAUUUCAUAUUGAUAAAAGAUCUUUAGAUACUCUUAUAAAAAAUCCAUAUUUUUUCAUAGAUGUAUUAUAUGUACAUGAGCCACCUUGUUCCGAAAAUUUAUGCGAAGAAAUUUAUUCUGAAAUAGCAACAUUGGAUACAACAAAUUUUUCAUAUAUAUUAGAAGUAGGAAGAAAUGCAGCAAAAUUACAUGAUAGUAUGGCUAAAUUAUUGGCACAUCCUUUACAAAGGCCACCACAAAAAGAUGUAUGUUAUACAAUUUGUUCACCUUCUGUUUCUCAAGAAACAUGUAAUAAUGUUUAGUUAUAUAAUCUUUGAAAGUUGUAAAAGUAGAUAUUAAUAAGUUUACAUAUAAUAUAAUCAUUGAUAAUGGAAGCAAUAAGCAAAAAAUAAAUGAAUAAAUAAAAUAGAAAAUA